AAGAGAGACGGACUGAGAAACGGAGAAAGGCGGCCAAAGGUUGAGCUUCAAUCCCAUCCCAUCCCAUCCCAUCCGCUGAUCCAAAGACCAAAGGAGGCCUGUAACCUAGAUUGUAAAGAUGGUGCAAUACAACUUCAAGAAGAUCACUGUCGUCCCCUCCGGCAAGGACUUCAUUGAUAUCAUCCUUUCCCGUACCCAACGCCAGACACCAACUGUUGUCCACAAGGGUUAUGCCAUAUCUCGCCUGCGGCAGUUCUAUAUGCGCAAGGUGAAAUACACCCAACAGAACUUUCAUGAUAAGCUCUCUGCUAUUAUUGAUGAAUUCCCGCGGCUGGAUGACAUCCACCCAUUCUAUGGAGACCUUCUCCAUGUCCUCUAUAACAAAGACCACUACAAACUUGCUCUUGGUCAGAUCAACACUGCAAGGAACCUUAUUGGUAAGAUAUCAAAAGAUUAUGUGAAGCUGUUGAAGUAUGGGGACUCGCUCUAUCGAUGCAAGUCUCUAAAGGUUGCGGCACUUGGACGCAUGUGUACUGUGAUCAAGCGUAUUGGCCCAAGUUUGGCAUACCUAGAGCAGAUCAGACAGCACAUGGCAAGGCUACCUUCAAUUGAUCCAAACACCCGAACAAUUUUGAUCUGUGGGUAUCCUAAUGUUGGCAAGAGCUCUUUCAUCAACAAGAUCACUAGGGCUGAUGUGGAUGUUCAGCCGUAUGCUUUCACUACAAAAUCUCUAUUUGUUGGCCACACAGACUACAAGUACUUAAGGUACCAGGUCAUUGAUACGCCUGGGAUUUUGGAUCGUCCUUUUGAAGAUCGUAACAUAAUUGAGAUGUGCAGUAUCACGGCUCUUGCUCAUCUACGAGCUGCAGUAUUGUUCUUCUUGGACAUCUCAGGAUCUUGUGGAUAUACCAUUGCCCAGCAGGCUGCUCUUUUCCACAGCAUCAAGUCAUUAUUUAUGAAUAAGCCCCUGGUUAUAGUCUGUAACAAGACUGAUUUGCAGCCUUUGGAUGAGCUGUCAGAAGAAGACAUGAAGUUGGUCAUGGAGAUGAAAGCUGAAGCAAUGAAGACGGUAUUAGGUCAAGGUGGUGAGGCUACUGACAGUGAUGGAGUACUCUUGACCAUGAGCACUUUAACUGAGGAAGGGGUUAUUGCUGUGAAGAAUGCGGCCUGUGAGAGGUUACUGGAUCAACGGGUGGAAUUGAAGAUGAAGUCAAAGAAGAUCAAUGACUGCUUGAAUCGAUUUCAUGUUGCAAUGCCAAAGAAGCGAGAUGAAAAGGAGAGACCUCCUUGUAUACCUCAGGCAGUUUUGGAAGCCAAAGCUAAGGAAGCAGGAGACAGAGAAGAGAAGAAGAAGCUUGAAAAAGAUUUGGAGGAUGAGAAUGGGGGGGCUGGUGUCUACUCUGCUAGCUUGAGGAAGCACCAUAUCUUAGCCAAUGAAGAAUGGAAAGAAGAUAUAAUGCCAGAAUUUAUUGAGGGGCACAAUGUUUAUGACUUCAUUGAUCCAGAUAUCUUGCAGAGGCUUGAGGAGUUGGAACGAGAAGAGGGUCUAAAACUUGAACAAGACGCAGACGAUGAUUUUGAGAUGGAUGGUCAGGAAUUGACACCGGAAGAGAAGGAAGCAUUGGCUGAGAUCAGGAAAAAGAAAAGCUUGCUCAUUCAACAACAUAGGAUCAAGAAGAGUACUGCAGAAAGCAGGCCUACAGUACCAAGGAAAUUUGACAAAGACAGGAAGUUCACAUCCGAAAGGAUGGGAAGGCAGCUAUCUGCAUUGGGUUUGGACCCCACAUCAGCCAUUAAAGAGGCCCGUAGCAGGUCUGUCUCUAGGGUCGGUCGGAAGAGGGAGAGGUCAUUGGCCAGAGGAGGUGAUGGCAGUGAUGCUAUGGAUAUGGAUAUUGACCAGUCCAACAAGAAGCUGCGGAUGAUGAGGUCUCGAUCCCGGUCAACGUCACGGCCACCUAGUGAACUUGUUCCAGGAGAAGGCUUCAGGGACUCCAAACAAAAAGUUAAAGCGUGGAAGCUUGCUAAGAAAUCUGUGAUGAAGAGGAAUAAAGAUGCUCGUCGGGGAGAGGCAGAUAGGGUCAUUCCCACAUUGAGGCCAAAACACUUGUUCUCUGGGAAACGAGGAAUUGGGAAAACUACCAGACGUUGAUAGUACUACUGAGGUAGCCAGACAUUUUGCUUUGUUUUUCCUUUUUUGUCACUGUUUGAUGUUCUUUAUUUUGUUUUCCGGGUUUUUAGUUCUUUUCUUACUAUUCCCUUUCUUGAGUUA